AUGGUCAACUCCUGCGGCGAGGAUCCUGCGGCCGCAGGAGUUGGAGUUGACGGUGGCGGCAGCGGUUGCCCCGGCUCAAGCGCCACCGCCGUCAGCACUGCCGCAGCGCAGCAGCUCGCCGCGCAGGAGGACUUGCUUGAGCUACCUCCUGGCUCUCUGCGGACGCCGCGUGGCGCACCGGUCGAGUUUGCGAGGCUCAAGGACCUGAGGGAGAAGGGGGCGGGCGAGUUCUGCAAGGUGUGCGAGGGGAGCCUCGAUGUCGAUGGCGCCGACUCGCGCCCUCUCCGCGCCACCGAGACGCUCUACCGGAUCACCAGCGGCGUGUGUGAGUAG